CUGUUUCUUCUGCUAUUUCUUCUUCCCGUCUCUCUUUUCUCCUUCUCACUCGGAUCAUAUAUUUUCUCCCAAACCCUAAAUUUUUAUUUCAAUUUUUUGUUUGAAAAAAUUUAGGUGAAAAAAGAAGAAGAAUUAAUUUGAUUCGCAGUCAUGAGUACUGGAGAUCUUCUUAGCAUUCAGCCCACAGAGCUCAAAUUCCCAUUUGAAGUGAAGAAGCAGAGCUCGUGUUCCUUGCAAUUGACCAACAAAACAGAUAAAUAUGUGGCGUUCAAGGUUAAAACAACCAAUCCAAAAAAAUACUGCGUCCGGCCCAAUGCUGGAAUUGUUUUGCCUGGGACAACAUGUGAUGUUACAGUUACAAUGCAAGCACAAAAAGAGGCACCCCCAGAUAUGCAGUGCAAGGACAAAUUUCUCCUUCAAAGUGUUGUUACACCAGAUGGUGUAACUCCGAAAGACAUAACGCCUGAAAUGUUCAACAAGGAGGAUGGUAAAGUUGUGGGAGAGUUCAAAUUGCGGGUAGUCUACUUUCCUGCGAAUCCCCCAUCACCUGUCCCUGAAGGAUCUGACGAAGGCUCUUCUCCCAGGGCUUCAGUGCUUGAUAAUGGGAAUCAAAACACUUCCUUGUUUGAUGCUGUAUCAAGAUCUCUUGAGGAACCGAAAGAGAAGUCAUCAGAGGCAUGGUCCAUGAUUUCCAAGUUGACUGAGGAGAAGACCUGUGCUUUGCAACAAAGUCAGAAACUACAUCGUGAACUGGACCUGUUGAGAAAAGAACUAAGCAAAAAUGGCGGGGGUGGAUUUUCAUUAUUGUUUGUGGUGCUCUUUGGUCUUUUGGGCAUCUUGGUUGGUUACUUCAUCAGGAAAACAUAGAAGCUGAAGUGAAGGCUGUUUGUCAAUUAAUUAGUUGGAUUCCGGCAUAAUUCUGUGGUGCUCCACAAUUUUCAACAUUUUAGGGACUCUCUUACUCUUAUUGUAAAAAUUUAGUCUUUGAUUAAUUGACACUCUGUUUUGAGCAAAUAUUUUUUUGUUGUGUUAAAGUUGGACAGAUGGGCUCAAUGAACCCAUGUAAACAUAACAUAUGUUAUUGGAUUGGUUUAGCAGCUUCAAGUCUUUUUCUCCAA